CAUUCGCUGGCGCGGUAGACAAUUUUUAUUAUUGUUGCGGUUGGCGGACUAUCGUUUCGUAAAUAAAAAUUAACAAAAAACAAAAACAUUCGGUUUUUUGGAUACGCUGCUGGUUGUGUGCUAAGAAGUUAUUGUUGUUGCUGGUCAUCAGAGUGUGCCACAUGAAAUGAGAGCAACAACAACAAACGAAUUUUUUUUUCUAGUGUCUUGCCUUUGUAAUGAGAACAUAGGUUAUUUUGUUUUGUGUCGUCAAAACUUCUGACAGCGAACGACAGACAAUACAGAAAGACAAAUGUUCUCAGUCAUUAAAUGUCUACGUCGGGGACUGGAACCCGUUCAGUGAGUGAGUGAGUGAUCGUGUGUAAAGAAAACAAUAAACGAAAAUAGAAACGCGCUACAAAUAAAUUAUAAUUAGCAAACUAAUUUCUAUAUCAUAUGCCGGCAAUCUAAGUUAAGCUACGAAUUUUUCAAAUCUUAUCAAACGAAAUUGCAAACAAAUGCACAAAAAUUGAUAAUCCAGUAAACGACUGAAAGAGAAUCGAAAACCACCGGCGAGAGAGAGAGAUAGUGUUUCCCCAACCACAUUGAGAAGGUUAAACACCGGAGAACACAACAUACGCCACACUUUCAACAUCGCUUCCGUUAAGAAAACAAUGAGAUAUGGCUGUUGACACCUUAGAUGACGUCGAUCCGAAAUAUGGUAAAAAAUUAUCCUACGAACGCAAUUUCAAAGCACCGCUAUGGCGUAAACGAUCCUGCACUGAUGUACCCUGCCUUUUGGUGUUUCUAGUCUUCCUGGGCGCUUGGGCCUUUGUGGCUCAGUAUGCCUUUCGCAAUGGUGACUUGAAUAAAUUGGUUGUGCCCACAGAUUCGUUUAACAAGAAAUGUGGCAUCGAUUCGGGUGUGUUGGACAAGAAAUAUUUAUUCUUUUUCAAUUUGGAUAAAUGUUUGGAUCCCUUGGUGCCCAUUACCGGUUGCCCAACACCACAAAUUUGUGUAAAUCAAUGUCCCCAGGAGACAUUCAUAUGGGAUGUUAUGAAAAAUCAAAUGUCCGAGGCGGAUUUGAAGUCACGCAUGAUUUGUAUUACGGAGGCGGAUAAGAAUGCGCUGCGGACCAAAGAUGAUAUGCAAAAGGCCAUCAAUGCAGAACGCUGUGCCAGAUGGUACAUCAAAAGUGCUCCCUUUCUGAAUCGCUGCAUAUGGGAGUUUUCGCAAAAGACAUGUGAAUACAUUCCAAAGUUCCUGUUGCAACGUAGUGCCAGAGAUGUUUCCCAUGUCCUUGCCAAUGCGACGACCAAUUUUGAUGUCAGCAAUGAGGACCAAUUACAGGCCUUGGCCUUAACAAUGUUUCCCCAAGCUCAACCCUUAGUUGCCAAAAUGAAUGUUGACCCCAAGCUAACGGCAGUGAAUGAGGAAUCGAAUAGUCAGUGUAAUCGUCGUGAGACUGUAAUCAAAGAGAAAAUGAUGCAAACCGAUACCAGGCUUGCCAAAUUUAUUGGCAACAUCAUUAUACACUUCACCAACGGCACACACGAGGCACAGCGUGUGGGUGAGAAUGUUGUUGAGGAUAUUUUCAAUUCGUAUUUGGUGAUAUUGACAGCUAUGCUAUGUACCCUCAUAGCUACAUUUAUUUUUAUCGCCUUGAUGCGUUGGCUAGCUGCUCCCUUCCUUUGGACUUCAAUAUUUGGGGUACUGGUUGGUUUAGCUGUUGGCAUUUACUAUUCCAUCAAAAAAUAUACAUUCUAUCAUCGAGAGGCAACGGUGCCACAACAUUCGUUGAAUCUAAAUUCAGCUGUCAAAAAUAUACUGCAGGAUGAACGUUUAUGGCUUUACCUAAGCAUAUUCCUUUGCGUUUUCCUUGUCAUACUCAUUCUAUUGCUCAUAGUACUGCGUAGCCGGAUUAGCAUAGCCGUAGCCCUUAUCAAAGAGGGCAGCAAAGCUGUGUCCAGUGUCAAAUCCACCGUCUUCUUUCCCAUCUUUGUAUGGAUACUCUUUAUAGCGGCAAUUGUGUAUGCUGUUGGCGUUGGUCUGUAUUUGGGUUCGAUUGGCAAGAACUCAUUCCGUAUGAUAAGACAAUUGGAUGCGAACAGCCUAACUGGAGUCUCACAAGAGAAUUGCAUAUGCGAUGGACCAGCCGUGAAUUAUACAGUGGGAGCAGCAUGUGAUCCAACAACAUUUGAGCAAAAUUGUUACAUUGGCGAUACAACACUUUUUGGUGCAUUCCGUCAAAGCCAAAGGUCACCCUGUGUCAAGACAAUGUGCAGUUUCGUGGAAGUUGAACACACCACACUGGUCAAUUGGUUUAUUGUGUUCAAUGUAUUUGGGUACCUUUGGCUGACUUUUUUCAUAGAUGGCUUCAGCGAUAUGGUCUUGGCCUGUACAUUUGCCACAUGGUAUUGGACAUUUAAGAAGAAGGAUGUACCAUUCUUUACCCUGACAAAAUCAAUCUUCCAAACAACAUUUUAUCAUUUGGGCACAUUGGCUUUUGGUUCCCUUAUCCUGGCCAUAUGUCGCUUGAUCCGCCUGAUAUUGGAGUACAUUGAUCGGAAAUUGAAAAAAUAUGACAAUGCCUUGACCCGAGCCAUAUUGUGCUGUAUGAAAUGUUUCUUUUGGUUGCUGGAAUCAUUUUUGAGAUUUUUAAGCAAAAAUGCCUACAUCAUGUGUGCCAUUCAUGGCAAGAACUUUUGCAGCAGUGCCAAAGAUGCAUUCAAUUUGACAAUGCGCAACUUCCUGCGCGUCGUAACCCUGGAUAAAGUUACCGACUUUUUGUUCUUCAUGUCAAAGUUAUUGAUAACCGGAGCAGCUGGCGUAGCUACUUAUUUCUUUUUGUUAAAUAAUCCAUCCAUUGUUCAACUGCAUUACAAUGCUGUGCCCACAGCAAUUGUGGCUAUCUUGGCUUUCCUAAUAACCACGGUCUUCUUCAGUGUCUACUCAAUGGCGGUGGACACACUGUUCCUGUGCUUCCUUGAAGACAUUGAACGCCAUGAUGGUUCACCAGAAAAACCCUACUACAUGUCCAAACAGCUAAUGAAAAUUUUGGGCAAACGUAACAAAACACCCAAAAGGACAGCCUAAAAUGACGCUGUGAAGAGAGAGAGAACUAAAAUUGAGAAAAAAUAAACAGAAACUGUAUGGAACGAAAUGGUGCUGCUACAUAUGUAACAAAGCUCCUCUAAGGAGUUGUACAUGUGUACAAAUGUUUCGAAUAGAAAACCCCCCAAUAUUCUGCAUGAGACGGAAAUAAAAGACAAUUUUAGAGUUGCAAUAUAUACAUCGCAUAUAUUACUUUUAACUAUCACACCUGAAGAAAGAUUAAAUUAAUCUCGUUGUAUGGAAAUGGUACUGGAAAACAAAUGACUGGAAUGCCUUUAUAAAGAGUCGCUCUAAAGGAAAAACAAACAAACAGCAAAUAUAUACAAUAUUCUUACCAAGCAUAUACAACCAACAACAAUACUUACGAAAUAUUAUACCGUACCAAUAUAAAAUAUAAGUUGUUUUUUUUUUUAAUUACCUUAGUACGUAGUUUAUAUGUAUAAGUUCAUAAAACAAAAAAACAAA